UCGGGCCCUGUUGGUGCGCCCUGAUAUCACUAAAAAAAACCGUUAAAAACCGUUAGUGACGCUGCACACGAGCUGUGAUAACUACCUGUGAUUACAUUGUAAAAAACCUGUGAAAAUGUUCGGUAAUCGUCCCAUUCACCCGAUAAGGGUGUGCGUGAGGGCUAGGCCUCUGACCCAGAGCGAGAUCUCUGCAAAUGCCCCGAAAGUGGUGAAGUACAUGAACACGAAGCACCUUCUGGUCCGAAGGGGGGUAAACAAGAGGAAGCGCACCUAUGACCGCGUUUUUAGCGAGCACGCCGACCAAAUCGAAGUUUUUCGGCACACGGUUGCCCGCUUCAUUAGUAGCAUUACUCGAGGUUACUCGUUCACGUUUUUCGCGUACGGCCCAACGGGCACCGGCAAGUCGUACACGCUGUUCGGGGAAGGCGAACAGGCCCUUGUUACGGACUUCAAGAAGGAUAGGGCGAUCGGUUUGAUUCAGCGAGCUGCUUACCAGCUGUUUUGCGAGUUAGAGCAGCUCGACUCGAGCAGGGUUGAGUACACGGUGCGCCUGUCGUUCAUUGAAAUUAACCACGAACAGGUUUUCGAUUUGCUUGUGGAAAAUGGGCCUUUGAGAGUUUACGAUGAUCCCCUGGAGAACGGUUCGGUUUGCAUUAAAGAUAUGUCGAAGGUCACGGUGUUUAACGCUGACGAUGUCAACGACUGGGUUAAUGUUGGCCGCAGAACGCUCAGAAAGAGUGCUUAUUACGCGUAUCUUUCGCACCUGAUGGUCACUUUCUUCGUGGACAUCAGAGAAACGACCCCGGAGGGAGCGCAUGUUCUUAGAACCGCUCGUUUGAGCUUUGUUGAGGUGGCUGGUGGUGAACAUGCCACUGAAAUUGACGAAGGACGAACACUGGACACUGCCGUUGUCCACCAGUCGCUUGAUGCGUUUGAAGAGUGCAUUAAAGCGUUGGGGAUGCAACAACGGUCAAUCCCAUACUCUAGCGCGAAAUUGACCCGAAUUGUGCAAAACAGUCUUGGCGGAACCGCCAGAGCUUGUUUUAUGUCGACGUUCUCAACCAGCACUCAAGCCUGGACUGAGAUUUUGAGUAGUCUGCAGAUAGCGACCUUGAUGAAACGUGUUGCCAAUUAUCCCAGGUUGAAUACUGCUAGAACCCUAGCAGAUGCGACACGUGAGCUGGACGGAAUAAUUGCACGCAAGGAGACUGAAUUGGCGGAGAUGCGCCAAGCGCUAGGUCCGUACGUAAGAGCGGACGCCAAUCUCACCGAAGAUCAGAUCAGUGCCAACAAGAAAAUUGUUGAUUUAUUGCGUGAAUUGCUCGAAUUGCGGGAACACCGGGCGCUGCUUGAAGCCGAGUACCGCAGGCUGGACGCUUCGUUUAUCCGAACGAAGAGAUUCCGGGAAUACGCCCACGCCCAAUUGGAAGCGGACCAGGACCUGACCGAACAACAGAGAAGAUGUCUCGUGCGCCGUUUCAUCGCGCGAAACAACGAAAUGAUCCAAAAUGCUAACAACUUGCUCGACAUGUGCGAGGAAAGGAUUGCACAAGCAAAGAUUCCGCCGCGCCAAGUUCAGGUGCAAGCCGAUGCAAGUAACGCCGAUUUGGCUAAGCAAGUCGUUGAAGUCACGACUGAUGCUUUGAGCGAUGUUGAACAAGCGACGAGCUCGUACAAACGCCAGCAACUUACACGAGUUGUGAAGAUGGCACAACUUAACACCUACUUGCGAAGACGCUUCUUGGCCGAUUUGCAACAAAUUAGCGAUAUGAUGGGCAAAAUUAAAGACUUGCGUCCGUUGGAUAUCAACGAUUUGCUCAAUGACCAAGCACGCUCCUCUGCCGAUCAAAUCGCGUAUUUUAUCGACAAUAUUUACGGCGAAGUUUCGCACUAUAUGAAACUACCAGACCAGCCCAAAGCCGAGAUUGGGAAAAUGAAUGAGGGGAUUGCUGCAGACAUCGAAGAAGUUACACGAACUGAGACGGAGGUUCGCGCUGAGUUGGAUCGCCAUCAGGCCGAGAGAAGCCAGCAUUAUAACCUCGUGUUCCGUUUCUUUGAUGACCUUUUAAAGAAAUUGGAUGAGCGCGAAGCUAGAAUUCGCAUUCAGUUCGACGAAGGGAACGCUUCGGUUGAAUGUUUGAAUAACGAAAUGCAAAAGGCUAAACGCGACAAAGAGAUCCUCGUGAAGGAGGUGUUACUUCUGCAGGAAGCAAUGCAAUUUGUCCGUGACCAGCUCAAUGGGAAAGACGGCAGCUUCUUCGAGGAAGCGAGCAAGAUGAUGAGCGUUCCGGGAAAGAUGGCAUUCUCGUUCGAAAAUUUGAACGUGGGUGAAGUUUCGGAACAAUUUAGCAACACCGUGAAUGAUUUUUACACGGAAUCCACCGAACAGGCGGAAAACAUCGAGGAUUUCACUGAUGAUAUCGUAGAUGCUUUUAAGUCGGUUGUUCAGACUCACAAUAAUCACAAUGCCCGCACGGCUAGGCAAAUCCAAACUAUUGGGAAAGGUGUCAGGGAAAACAUUUUGGAAAAGGCGUAUGCUAACACUACCCAUAUUGCAAAAAUUGCCGAAGGGGCAAGCGCCAAUCAGGAGUAUUACGCUUCCAAAACGAGGAAUAUCGUUGAUCAGGUGAUGGAUCAGCUGGAAUCGAUUCAUGGGAAGAUUCAGUUCCCGCCAGGCGAAGGAGAGGAGGCUUCUGCCGCAGAGAACGAUCCCGAGAACAUUGAAAAUGUUGCCCCACGUGUUUGAAUCUCCCCCAAGAAGGGAAGGAGAAGUAAGUGGUUUAAGUUACAUUAACACAGUUAAUAUUUCGUUUUGAUUAUUAAACGUUGGGAAAGUACUUGUUUUAAUUUUAUCUGCAGCAUGCGAUUUUUUUUUGUUUUUGUGGUGGUUACCAAAGUUCCUCUUGUUGCUUGCGAAAAUUGCUUACAUUGCUUUAAAAUUACCAUAAUCAGAUUAUCGCCCGGUAUUUCAGUUGACUGUUUAAACCAAAGAUAUUUUCGUUAUCAAUUUCUUUCCUGGUUUGACGUAUUUGAGUGCGGUUUUGCCAAAAAGCCAAAGAUUUUACCCAAGUUCUGAAAUACCAGGCGUUAAUGUGAUAAGCAUUACCCACUUUUUUAAAAACUGAGUGCUUGGUUUAGGGUUUUUUUAAUUUUAUUUGACGUUCUGAGUUCUUAAUAAAAAUUACUUUCAGUAA